AUGCAGGAAAUGGCAACAAAAGCAAAAGUAAGUUCAAAACUGAUGACUUUGUACGAAUUGUUGUCAACAUUAGAUGAAGACUUUAAAGCCUUAAUUGACAACAUAAUUGAUAAUAAUGGUGAUGGUAGUUCUUUGUUGAGACUCUUGAGACUUAUCCCCGACAAACGUGCGGAAAUUUCAACAUUUUUGUUGCAAGAGUUCAUGACACUUUAUGAACAUAUAGAAAAUGAUUUUUAUUUUUGGGUCUGUGGUCAACAACGCAUGAAAGUCACAUUGGAGGACAUUUUAUUUUUGACCCAUUUGCCUAUUAUAGGCCGACCAAUUGUCCCCAUUGACAAUAGAGAUCAACAUGCUUUCGAUCGACUUUUUCAAAAAGUACAUCUUCACUUACCCUAG